UCACCUCAGAUCGGCAAUUGACCAGUGAUGUCUGACGGAAAAGCCAAAAUGGCAGCGUUUUUAUCUCACCGUAUUUGUGCUCAACCGAUUAUUUAAAAAAUAAUCUAAGUGAUUUAGCAACAAAAUAUUUUAGUUACUGUUAUACGUAGGCUUUCCUUAAGGUAAUGAUGGUUCCAUGUCGUCCAUAAAUAAAAGAGCUGCGGGUUCGUGAAUGUCACGCACCUGGCCCGCUCAGCGUCGUGUUUUCCACAAUUUUAUCCAUUAUGUGGAUUACGAGAGUUCCCUAGUAUAGUAGUUGCAAAUGAAAAUGGAGGAUAUGUCUCUGUCAGGCCUGGAUAACACCAAGCUAGAGGCCUUGGCUCAUGACGUUUACUCAGACCUGGUGGAAGAUGCUUGUUUGGGGCUGUGUUUCGAGGUGCACAGGGCAGUCAAACAGGGCUAUUUCUUUCUGGAUGAAACCGACCAAGAAAGCAUGAAGGAUUUCGAAAUAGUGGACCAACCAGGUGUGGACAUCUUUGGGCAGGUGUUCAACCAGUGGAAGAAUAAGGAGUGUGUGUGUCCCAACUGUAACCGGAGUAUCGCGGCUUCUCGCUUUGCUCCUCAUCUGGAGAAGUGUCUUGGGAUGGGACGCAACAGCAGCAGAAUAGCCAACCGCAGGUCAGCUAGGACGGAAGAAAGGGCUGUGAUAAUAGCCAGCAGCAACCAUGCAAGCAAGUCAGAAAGUGAUCAGGAAGACAAUGAUGAUGUUAAUGACAAUGACUGGUCAUAUGGUUCAGAAAAGAAAGCCAAGAAGAGAAAGUCAGAAAAG